AUGAACGCGCACGACGAACUUCAGCGCACUUUGUAAGUUUCAUGUCCCGAAAUCCGUCAAAAACCGAAAAUUCGCGUUCAGGAACCCGACAUGCACCGGGACCUCGGUCAUCGCCCUCCAAUACAAGACCGGAGUGGUUGUGCUUACCGAUCGCGUCGUUUCGUACGGAAAAAUGGCCAGAUACAAGGUACACAUUGAAGUAACUCAAAUUUCAUCAAUUUUUCGUUCAGAACGUCUCUCGUCAGUACAAAGUCAACGAUAACGUGCUCAUCGCGUUCGGCGGCGACCACGCCGAUUUCCAGUGGCUCCAGAAUGUGAUCGAGCGUCAGGUGCUGCUCUGGAAGCGCUUCGAUCAGGACGUCGGACCGAAGGCCCUUCACGGAUACCUGACCAGCCUUCUUUACGGAAGGUACAGGCUGAAAUCGCAUUAAAAUCAUAUAAAAACAGUUUUCCAGACGCUGCAAGAUGAAUCCAGUGUGGAACACGCUCGUUGUCGCCGGAGUUGAGGAGGAGGAGAAGAACAACAAGGAGACGAGCACCCCGUUCAUCGGAGUCAUCACCCAGAAGGUUCGGAAUUAUAUAAAUAAAUGUCAUGCUAUGCACCUUCAACUGUCUACCGUCUGCGAUUCUCUCUUCUUCGCUCGCCCAGGCCUGUAUUCACUAGAAAAAUUUUCUGAAAAAGUUCUAAAGAAAUAAAUUUCAGGGGUGUGCGUACCAAGUGAAGCACAUCGCUACGGGACUCGGAGCGUUCCUGCUCAAUCAGGCGGUUGAGGACGAGUGGAGAAAGAAGGGCGAGGAUCUUUCGCUGCAGGAGGCGGAGGCGGUUCUCCGCAAAUCGCUCGAACUGACGCUCUACCACGAUUGCGUCGCCGACAACGAUUUCGAAAUCGGCCGUGUCGACGCGCAGGAGGGAGUUGUGCUCGGAAAAGAGGAGAAGGUCAUCGGAAACUGGUCGAUCGCCGAAACCAACUGCCAGUACGAAUAA